GAAACUUUGGAACAGGUUUUAUAAACUAAAGUUAACUAUUUUUAUUGUGUUAAAAUUUAUUGAAUUUAAUAUGAGCCCGAAAGGUACUAUCUCUAAUUGCGAAAAAUUAACAUUUGGAAGUGUGUUGCCGCUCAAACACUGGCACAGUAUUUCCUGUCUAAAUGGUUGUUGCUCAAAGUCUGAAGAUAAAUCGGAAGAGAUGAAAAUAGGUUAUUAUGUUGCCUGCAAAAAUUGCGAUAUAUGCGGCAAAAAUGUUGGCAAGAAAUACUGCGUUGUUUGUCAGCAACUCUUCUGCUUUCACUGCCUAGACUUUCACAACAAAAUUAAUGUCGCUAUGUUGCAUGAAGUGGUUGACUUUGAUACACCUCGUUACACGGAUGCCUUGAAGAAGGUUCGAUAUAAAGUUUGCACCUCUCAUGGUCAGGAUAUAGACCACCAUUGCGCAAGUUGUGAGGCUUUCAUUUGCUCGAAAUGUUUCAUUCAGAAGCACCAAAGCCAUGAUAUUCUCACUAUUGAGUCAAAAGUUGAAGAUUACAAAGAGACUAUCGAAUCAUUGAUUGAACAAUUUCAAAAUGCUCUUGAUAAAAAUAUAAAAAAUCUUGAAAUUUUCGAUAAAAAUGAAAUUAGUCUGGAUAAAGAGGAAUCAUCUAUUAUAUCUCAAAUCAACGCUAACACCGAUUAUGUGAAAAACAGAUUGGACAAAUACUCAAAAAUCUUAAUAAACAGGGUCACAAAUUUAUACACGGAGUUAAAAACUGAAAGAGACAACUUUUAUAACUCGAAUGUAGAGAAACAGGAGUCCAUGAAAUCGAAUAUAAAAUUAUUGAAGAAAACAUUGGAAGAGUUAAACGUUGCAUCUGUGACAGAAGCGCAAACCUACAGCACAGAUGCUCCGAACUGGGAGGCAUUCAAAUCUAAAUGUGACAGUGUAGAUUCCAUUCUUCCAGAUUCCAUAUAUUCCAAGAAAACACUUCCUGAGACACUGCUUGAAGCCACAAAUGUUGUGUAUGAACUCAUAAGCACUGUGAAUAUUUAGCUUAUCUAAUGGUAAUGAACAAGAUACAAGAUACUUAUAGAACGUAUAUAUUGUGAUUGUGUUUGUUUGUGUGUGUGUGUGUGUGUGUGUGUGUGCCUGUGUGUGUGUUGUAGGUGUGUGUGGGUUAAGUGAAUUGAUUGAAUUUCAGAGAUUUUAUUUUAAUUUUGCUCAAAAUCUCAACUUUAAAAAUAUUAUUUUGUGACCUUGUAUUUUUUAAUGUCUGCUACAUGACGCAUAUUUAUUUAUGUUUCUAAUAAAAUGUAUUAAAUGUGUUAAGCAUUGUUAA